UGGCAAAGUGCUUUAUUGCAUGAUAAAUCCUCGUCGAUAUGUAUACAAAUUACUCAAGCUGACAAUGAAUCUGAGUCAGUUAACUCGUUAGAAAAUGAUACAUCUUCAUUAUAUUCGGUGUCACAAUUUAUUUUUACAAGCAAAUUGUUGCCUCAAAUGCCAAAUAUUAAUAAUGAAAAAACUACCGAAAUUGGUACUUUAGCUUCACAACUUACUGAAUUAGAGAUUGAUGAGAAAACAUCAAGCGAUGAAAAAGAUAAAGGUGACAAAGACAGCUUUAUAGACGAUGAAAAUAAAUUUAAUAAAACUAAUGAUGUUUGUGAAGAGCUUUUAUUAAAUAUGCCAAGUAACAUAGAAAAUAACAAAUGUCACGAUAGAGACAAUGCAAAUAAUGGUAGAGAUGAUCAAAAAAAUGAUAAAAAUAAUCAAGAUGACAAAAAUGAUCAAAAAAAUGAUAAUGGCCGAGUUGACAAAAAUGAUCAAAAAGAUG